CCUUCGGGGAAAACCAAAACAAAAAAAAAAAUGGCUUGGCAAAAUUUUGCAAAUUUUUGUACAGACGAUCUACCGAUUUGUAGUCUUUAAUUAUCCGGUCUCUAAGAGCAGUGCGUAAGAGACUAUAUAACUUGGAAUACCAGUUGAAAACUACCUACAAACACUCAAUAUGUUGCUGAGAACUUUGUUUCACCUAAUAGGAGCUAUUCAGUUCGGUUACGGAUGUUAUUAUGAUUACACUUAUGUCAACAUUCCCAGUACUUCAACUAAAGUGACCCAUUUUGGAGGAAAGUUUAAAUAUUUGACGUAUUUAAAUGCGAUGCUGCAAACAUUGUACUUCACAGUGGCCUUGUUGAAUGAUCUAAUUGGCACUAAUGAACCAUCGCCUCCUGAGAAGCCUCUGAUUCGUCGUUUAAAAGAUGGCCUGUUUAGCUGUCUGGCCUUCCCUCUGUCCAUGUUUGUAGGUUUAACAUUCUGGGGUAUUUAUAGCGUGGACAGAGAACUGAUCUUACCUAGGAGCUUGGACCCAUAUUUCCCAGUUUGGUUGAACCAUGUCAUGCACACUAAUAUUGUAUUAUUUGUGCUGGUAGAUCUGGUGUCAUCAUUCAGAAUGUAUCCAAGCAGGAAGCAAGGUCUGUCAGUGCUGUCUACCUUCAUGGUCAUGUAUAUGGUGUGGGUACAUAUCAUCUAUUUCCGCACAGGCAGCUGGGUGUACCCAAUCUUGAAUGUCCUAAACUGGCCUCUCCGUGUCGUGUUUUAUGUGUUCUGUCUUGGGCUAGUUUGUGGCAUGUACUCUUUGGGCGACUCCCUCAAUAAGUCUAUUUGGUCCAAAGAGAUGGAAAGAACAAUCAGAGCUGGCAAGAAAAAGGCUAAAUAAUUUAUUGUUAUGUGUAUGUUAAACUCUACAUUUGUAGAUUUCAUACUUGAAGUGUUAGAAUUUUGGUGAAUGGUUAAUUUUGUAAUAUAGGCUAAUAGAUAUUUCUAUAAAUAAGUUCGAAUGGGUCUCGGAAUUCUUGCAUUAGUAACGACUUUGAAAGUGAAACAAGUAUAUUUAUAAUAUACUAAAGUGGCGGUGAUUUCGCAUAUCUGUGAUCUGAAUGUACACAAAAUGUUCUUCUCAAUCUCUCCUUUUUCACUUUGCUUUUAGAAUUCUACUUGAUAGAAAUAAAGCCAGUAACAUUCCAUGAUGCUUUUGUAAACAGUAAUGUACGUAUUUGUAAGUGAAACAUUCCUAUUGUUGUAUAAAUCACAUGUAUGAUUGAUUAGCAACACCUAAUGAUUAUUGUGAUAGGUAUCUUGAUAUGAUAUGAAAUCUGGUUGUUGAUAUGUGGUCAUUAUAUUAUUGGAUUAAUUAUAUGAUAAAAACUAAUUGUGCCCAGUGUUAAUUUUAAAUGAAUUUCGUAACAAUUUAUCUCUAAGAGGGUAUUAAUUAGUGCCUAGUGUAAUUUGAAACAAUUUAUCUGAAAUAUGGUCUCUUAAUUUCCAAGUGAGUUAUGUUUUCAGGAACGUAAAUAGUAAUUAUAGAAAGUAUAGCAAUAUGAUUUCUCUAUAUCAUAGUAAAAUAAUUUACUAACAGGUAUGAUCCAGUGUUCAACGUAAAUUGUUAGCUAGUUAUUUAAUGGCCCCGAUUCCUGCAGACACCGCCUAAUUUUAUUUUAGGUUAUAUCCGUCAUUUUCGUAUCCGUCGAAAAGGAAAGGGACGGAUGAUUCACAGCUCUUAAUUUUAGGAAGAAUGAGUAAAUUAAUGUGUCGGGUUAU